AUGCUCAAAGGUCCGAACUGCUUUCUUCACUGGCCACGCUAUAAGAGAGAAUCCAUGUCUGCUACCGAAUCUACCCGCAAUUUGAGAGCAAAUUACUCUGUAUCCCUCUCGAAAUACGCCAAGAAAUAUAUUCUCACUUCUUCAUCAAUAACCAGAUUCAUCUGUUUCAUGUCUCCGUGCCUUGAGCCCAACUUGGGAGACAACACGCACGACGGUAGAGAACGUCAAGAUGAAGAUAGUCUGGGCAUCAGAAACAUGGCAUCGUCAUGGGGUUCACAUUGUGACUGUCAGAAAUAUGCGUCUGGGAUCAAUGAUGGUGCAGGCACUCAUCACAUAUAUUAUCUUUGA